CUUUUAUUUUGGUGUAGUGUUGUGACGUCACAAAGCUGCGCCGCCCUGCUGCAUCUAUUGUGAUCGUCUGAAGACGGACAAAGUGUCCAGUUGCUGGUGAAGCGGCUGAGAUCCACCUGACACGAUUAUAAAGAUGGCGUUUAUUAAAGAGGAGUGUGAAGACGUGAAGAUUGAAGAAAUAUUCAGAAUUAAAGAAGAAGAAGAAGAUACUGAGGAACAAACUGACCUGGUGGCACUAAAAGAAGAGAGGCAAGAACUUACAGGUAUAGAAGAGAAAGAUCAAUAUGAGAGAAAUGACUUGACGAAUGUGGAAAUAUCCAUACAGUCUGAAGCAACUUCAUCACAAACAGAAGUUCAGAAGACUGAAUCUAACAGUUGCUUCACCUGCCAUCGAUGUAAACAGACUUUCAGUCAGAAAUAUAACCUUAAAAAUCACAUGAAAUUUCAUCCUAGAAAGAAGGCUUUCAAAUGCCAACAAUGUGGAAACGGCUUUACCCGUAAAGAAAACCUAAAACGCCACAUUAAAGGCCACAGUGGAGAGAAGCCUUUUAUCUGCAAUCUGUGUAGGAAGACCUUCACAAAUAAAGCAAACCUUAAUUCCCACAUGAAAUGUCACUUUGGAGAGAAACCUUUUACCUGCAAAUCGUGUGGGAAGAGUUUCACACGUAAAGGAUCUCUUAGGUGUCACAUGGUCAUUCACACAGGAGAGAAGCCGUUUACAUGUGAUCAAUGUGGAAAGCGUUUCAGACAUAAAGCAACCAUUGAUUCACACAUGAAAAUUCACACUGGAGAGAAGCCUUUUACCUGCAAACUGUGUGGGAAUGGCUUCACAAAUAGAUCAACCCUUACUGCCCACUUGAGAAAUCACACAGGAGAGAGGCCCUUCACUUGCGAACUAUGUGGGAAUAGCUUCUCACGCAAAGGAUCUCUUAAGAUUCACAUGGUUGUUCACACUGAUGAGAAACCGUUUCCAUGUGAUCAGUGUGGAAAAUCUUUCAGACAUAAAGCAACCCUUGAUUCACACAUGAGAACUCACACUGAAGAGAGUCCAUACAUCUGCAUUCUGUGUGGGAAGAACUACUCAAAUAAGUCAACCCUUAAUACCCACAUGAGAAAUCACACAGGAGAGAGGCCCUUCACCUGUAAAGUGUGUGGAAAGAGCUUCUCAAAAAACAGUAAUCUCAAGACUCACAUGACAACUCAUACAGAGGAGAAGCCUUUCCUGUGCACUCAGUGUGGAAAAACUUUUACACGUGAAAAAACCCUUACUUACCACAUGAGGAUUCACUCAAAUGAGAACUCGUUUAAGUGUCAUCAUUGUGAACUGAGAUUCCCAGACAAGAGACGCCUUAACUGGCAUGAAAAAAUUCAUUUUCGAUCAUCCAAAUGUCAUGAAUGUGGAAAGAGUUUCGGAUAUAAAGCAAACCUCAAGGUUCACAUGAGAAUCCACACUGGAGAGAAACCUUUCACCUGCACUAACUGUGGAAAGAGUUUCAGUCAGAACAUAAGCCUUAAGGUUCACAUGAGGAUUCACACUAAAGAGAAAGCUUUUACCUGCAGUCUGUGUGGGAAGAGCUUCACUCGUAAAGUACAAUUUAAUAUCCACAUGAAAAGUCACACACGAGAGAAGCCUUUUACCUGCACACUGUGAGAAGAGCUUCUCACACAAAAGAUCUCUUAAGAUUCACAAGGUCAUUCACAAUGAAGAGAUGCCAUUUUCAUGUGAUCAGUGUGGAAAGUGUUUCAGACAUAAAGCAAUCCUUGAUUCACACAUGAAAAGUCAGCUGUAGUUAA